AUCGCGCAUGCGCGUUACAGCAGCCUGUCAAUUCGAAACAAAGCGAGGGAAACGGACCCUGCAACUCUUGCAAGCAACCGUGACGCCAUGCCUGUCCGUGUGUUGUCGGAGGGGGCGGGGCCAGGCGCCCAGGUACCAGCCCACCUGACCAGGAUCCCCAUCUCCCUCAUCACCACCAGCACCGACUGCUCCAACAAAACAGUCAAGGGGAAAGUGGUUCAGAAAUGCCCGCUGGUGUCGUUGGCGUCUGACAACGUCAUCCUGAAGACUGUCAUCCAAGAAGAAGAAGAUUCUCCGCCGAACUCCUCGUCCCUCAACCCGUCCAUCAACGUCAUCCUGUUCGGAGAGCUGGCCAAGGACUUCAAUCAAACUGUCAAUCAAGGGGAUGUGGUUGCGGCCUCUGGCUUCACGGUGGGCAAAUCUCCCACAGUUCAUAAGGACAAGCUGCAUCCCUGUAACCUGCUGCUGUCGGGAGACAACGCCUACAUCUAUGUGACCCCCCCGCUUCCCGAUCCCAGAUCCCCGCCGGCCGCCAAGAGGAGCUCUGCGCUCUCCGCUGAGGUUUCCAGGGCGACCAAGGCUCCAAAAUACACGUACGUCCGCCUGGGCGACCUGAAGCCGGGAACUGUAGUCAACGUGUACGGAGUGGUGGUCUUCUUCAAGCAGCCGUUCAAGAGCCGCGGCACAGACUUCUGCUCCAGCCUGAAGAUCACCGAUCAGUCCAACCAGAAGGUCGGCUGCACCAUCUUCUGUAAGCUGGAGGACCAACCCAAAAUCUUCCAAGUUGGAGACAUCAUCCGCUUGCACCGAGUCAAGACGCAGUCCUUCAAUAACUCCAUGACGCUCAUCACUAGCUUUGGUUUCUCUGUGCUGGUGUUUGACGGAGCGGAGGGCGGAUCCAUGGAGCCGCGGACCUCCAGCCGCUCCUUCCACAUUGACCAGGAGGACCAUCGGACCGUGGAGGAGCUGCGAUCCUGGGCCGCCAACCAGGCUCUCGUCCCCCCUGUUCCCUCGAUCCCUCUGUCUGCCGUGUCGCCCAAAGCUUACUUUGACUUGACCUGCCAGCUGCUGGCCAAAGCUCCCAUGGACACCACCUGCACCCUGCUCAGGGUGUGGGACGGGACCAGGUGUCCUCACACUCUGCUGAAGGUGAUAGUUGAGCGGAGCGUCACAGAGGGACGGACAUCCUUCUCUCCAGAGAGAGAGAGCCUCAUCGCCAACAUCUUCGUCUACGACAACCACACGGAGUUCGCCAGGCAGCUGAAGCCCGGGGACUUCCUGCGGAUCUACAACCUGCGAGCGAUCCCCGGAUCCAGUAAGGUGCCGGGCCUCACCAGCAGCCAGCAGGAGGAGGUGGACCACCUGGCUUUUCACCUGCACGGAGGAACGGCGUACGGCCGGGGGAUCCGGGUUCUUCCUGAGACCAGCCCCGUCGUUCAGGAGCUUAAGAGAGUCAUGGAGGCGUUCCCAGAGGAGGACGAGCUGAAUGACUCGGAGAUGUUGGAGCUCUGGGGCACCCCACCAGAGUCUCUGGAAGCUGAAGCAGUGGAGUGCAGCACAGGUAUGAAACUCAACCUAAAGCAUGAAAAUUCAGAAUGAAACUCAAGUGUUUACAUCAUACUUGGAUGUAUUAAAAUGCAUUCAGUGCUGUGUAAAAAAAGCUUUUGAAAAGUGUGCAUCUUUGCAGAAUCCCUGUGAUAUCAUCACCGGUCUUAUGUUAGUUGUCAUUGAACAGCCUCCUAGAUGUUUAAGUCCUGAU